UCGACCUGCUAUUGAGCAAUUUGAGCGCACAGAGAUCUCCAUGCUGUUCUAUUGGCUAGACUCGGUAAAUGCGCUGGGCAGUCGGUGGAAGCCCUCACUACAGCGCUAAAGCACUGGCUAAGGGAAGGAAGUUUGCUUAUCUUGUCCAAGCACCAGCAGCGCGCCAGGGAAGUAAAAAAAGAGACUGUCUCUCAUCCAGACCGAACGGAUUUGCUGCUUCGUCGUGACACAGAUUCACAGUUGAUCUCAGAGACAAUGGAGAACCUUUCCCGGACGAGCUGCUGGAGAAUUUCCUCUCCUCUGUGGACUCUUUGCCUGUUCUUGGUGGCUGCGUUAUGCAUGGAACCCGAGUACGAUUACCCGAGCUGGAACGGGGGACACACCUAUGGCAAACCUCAGUAUUGUACUGACAUUCCCGAGGACUUGAGGCUAUGCCGCAACGUGGGCUACGAAAAGAUGCUGCUGCCCAACUUGUUAGACCACGAGAGCAUGGCUGAGGUCAAGCAGCAAGCCGGCAGCUGGGUGCCUCUGGUGCACAAGGCUUGCCAUCCGGGCACCCAGGUGUUCCUUUGCUCGCUCUUCGCCCCAGUGUGCAUGGAGCGCCCCGUGUACCCGUGUCGCUGGCUGUGCGAGGCGGUUCGUGACGGUUGCACUCCCAUCAUGGAGGCUUUCGGCUUCCCGUGGCCAGAGAUGCUUACUUGCUCCAAAUUUCCCACGGGUGAUAUGUGUAUUGCUAUGAAUGCCACAAGUACCCCUGAGUCACCCACUUCUGGCCUGACUCCUGUGUGUCCACCAUGCGAUAAUGAGCAAAGCAUAGAUGCGGUGUUGGAGCACAUGUGCGCCAGUGAAUUCGCCAUCAAGACCAAGGUGAAGGAGGUGAGAAAAGAGGCCGCGGACCGCAAGGUGAUCCUCCAAAAGCGUAAGAAGUUGGUGAAGGUGGGCAACAACAACUUCAACAAGAACGAGCUGAAGAAGCUGUCGCUCACGCUGAAGAACGGCGCCGACUGCACCUGCCCGCAGCUGGACGAGCUGGCCACGCCCUACCUGAUCAUGGGUCGCAAGGUGGGCAGGCAGUACCUGCUGACGGGCAUCCACAAGUGGGACAAGUCGGGCAAGUUCAGGAAGGCCCUGAAGAAACUCAAGAGCCACAAGUGCCCGGCCUAUGAAGCCAUUUUCUAAUGGUGCAUCUGCUGCAGCUGCAAGCCCCUGUCGUCGUCACAAUGUGCACUGUUUUUUUGUGUCCGAAUCUAAGCAACAGAUUGCUUUUUUUUUCAAAAUUGUUGUGCAAUACUUUAGAAUAGGGUUCACAAGUCGUCCACAUUACAUGUCGGUAUAAAUGACUAAUAAGACAUGAAUUAAGAGCCUACUAGGUCCUUAUUACGUUACGAUAAGCUCAAUAAUAAAAGCCUUAUUGUUUAUGAACA